AUGAAUAGGGAGCUGGCCGGGGAGGAGCAGGUUUUAAUUAACUGUAUAACUCUAAAGCUGCUCAUCAUCUUCUAUCAUUUAUCAGUUGAAUCAAAAAAUAAGUUAUUAGCUAAAAAUCUUUUAAAAAUAGUAAAAGCCAUCUGCUGGACUGAAGGUGUAGUGCAGUUUUAUUUAAAGUCUAAAGUCUUUUGUUUCAUUUUGUCUCUCAGACUUAGAUCCUGUAACCUCUCAGGGAGAACUUGUGAAGUUCUGUCAUCAGUUCUUAGCUCCCAGUCCUGCUGUCUGAGAGAAGUUGACCUGCAGAACAACAACCUACAAGAUUCAGGGGAGAAGUUGCCGUCUGGUUCAGACUGUACACUGGAAAUAUUCAGGAAGCCUGAUGGAGUCCGAUGGUUGAAACCAGGUCUGAGGAAGUAUUCCUGUCAGCUCACAAUCGACACAAACACAGUGAACAGAAAACUCAAACUGUCUGAAGACAACAGGAAGGUGACAGAUGGGGAGGAGCUUCAGUCAUAUCCUGAUCAUCCAGACAGAUUUGAUGACUGGUUUCCUCAGCUGCUGUGUAGUGAUGGUCUGACUAGUUGCUGUUACUGGGAGGUCGAGUGGAAAGGAGAAGUUGAAAUAUCAGUGAGUUACAGAAGAAUCAGGAGGAAAGGAAACAUUUAUGACUGUUUGUUUGGAUGGAAUGAUCAGUCCUGGAGUCUGAGCUGCUCUGAUGAUGGUUACUCUGUCAGGCACAAUAAGAAGAAAGCAUCAGUCUCCUCCUCCUCCUCCUCCAUCUCUAACAGAGUAGCAGUGUAUGUGGACUGUCCUGCUGGCAUUCUGUCCUUCUACAGAGUCUCCUCUGACUCACUGAUCCACCUCCACACCUUCAACACCACAUUCACUGAACCUCUUUAUCCUGGAUUCUGGUUCAGGUUCUGGUCUGGUUCCUCAGUGUUUUUGUGUUGAGUCUAAAGAAUCUCCUCCUGUCAGAGAAACACUCUCACUGUUGAACAGAUAGUUCAGUCUCUACAUGUCUGUCUCUUUCACUCAGAAGCAUUUUCACAUUCAGUCGCUUUCUUUCUGAAACUCUUGGAAAAGAUUUCUUGUAAACUUCGUCCUCUUCCAGUCCUUUAAAGAUGGAAGCUGGGAUUAUUCCAGGAUCCAAAGGUUUGGUUCUGUUUCCAGUCAAAGCUUCAUUUAGGGUUUUUCCUCCAAUGUGCUUCCAGUGCUAUACCAAGACUGCUGCUGGAGUUGGUUCUUUAUUGGUCCUUUACGUCUCUUCCAGUAAAUGUUUGAUCCUGGCUCUUAAUAUCACCAUCAGAAGAAGUUUUAACAUUUCUAUCUCCAAUCUUUUCUGUCAUGUUUCUUGUUUGUGUCACUAAUGUAGUUUUUCUUCAUUUGAUCUGAACAGUUUUGUACUUUAGUCCCAGAUAAACAGGCUGCCUCCUCAGGAUCUGUGGGCUGUGAAGCUCAGGGUUUCUGGAACUGAUU